UGCUCGCGCUCUCGCCGGCGGAAGUGACGCAUAAACUCGCGCGACGCCGGUUUCUGGGGCAGAUUGCAAGGCUCUGACAGCAUGAGACCUAUGCAUCAUCGACAGCGCCUCCUCCUGAUUGGGGAAGGAAACUUUUCCUUUGCUGCCAGUUUGUGCAAAGUGGCAGACUGUGAGACUUACAUCACUGCUACCUGCUAUGAGAGUGAAGAGACUGUUUCUAAACAAGCACUUGCCAAAACCAAUAUCCAGUAUCUGAGAGACAGAGGGGCUGAAGUUUGCUUUUGUGUCGACUGUACAAACCUGAAGGGCCACUUUUUGCCAACUGAGAGGGAUUUUGACAGAGUUUAUUUCAAUUUCCCCCAUUGUGGGAGAAAAGCUGGGGUAAAAAAGAACAGAGAGCUGCUUGUCAGAUUUUUUAAAAGCUGUGCAGAGGUCCUGGCAGAGAAGGGCGAAGUCCAUGUGGCACUUUGUAGAGGGCAGGGCGGUACCCCUGCAGACCAGCCCAUGAGAGAAUGGCACAACAGCUGGCAAGUCGUAGCUAUGGCAACAGAGGCGGGACUUAUCCUGAGUGAAGUGCAUCCAUUUAACAGCAGGGAUGCUAGUGCAUAUAAGUGUACAGGCUACAGGAGUCAGGACAAAUCUUUCUGCACAGAAGGAGCUUUGAAUCACAUUUUCACACAGAGUUUGCCUCUUCCACACCCCAGGCCUGUGAUCUGUGAAGCAGAGCUGGAAGGCAAGUUAAUUUCCUUCCUCGUUCCAGAGAUAUUUCUAGAUAAGAUUAACAGGCUAUCUGGAAGCAAAGCAGGACACGUCUGGGCCCCUGAAGGAUCGACAGCUUUCAAGUGUCUAAUCUCAGCCAGGUUCUGUGCUGCCCUGCUGAGCAACAUCUCUGACUGUGAUGAGACGUUUAAUUACUGGGAACCUAUGCAUUACCUCGUUUACGGUAAAGGCUUCCAGACAUGGGAAUACUCACCUGCCUACGCCAUCCGCUCCUAUGCAUACUUGUGGCUCCAUGCCUUACCAGCCUUGUUCCAUGCCAGAGUUCUGCAAACAAACAAGGUUCUCAUCUUCUACUUCCUGCGUUGUCUCUUGGCCUUCCUGAGCUGUGUCUGUGAACUUUACUUUUAUAAGGCAGUCUGCAAGAAGUUUGGGCUGCACGUGAGCCGCCUCAUGUUGGCUUUCUUGGUACUCAGCACAGGGAUGUUCUGCUCAGCAGCCGCUUUCCUCCCCAGCAGCUUUUGCAUGUACAGCACAGUGAUAGCAAUGACUGGGUGGUACAUGGAUAAGAUCUCCCUAGCAGUGCUGGGCGUGGCCGCUGGAGCUAUCGUGGGCUGGCCCUUCAGUGCAGCACUUGGGGUUCCAAUUGCCUUUGACUUCCUGGUCCUGAAAGGAAAGUGGAGGAGCUUCCUGAAGUGGUCUGUCGUGGCCUUAUUGGUGUUCCUGGUGCCCCUGGUGGCAGUCGACAGUUAUCACUAUGGGAAGGUGGUGAUUACUCCCCUCAACAUUGUCAUAUACAACAUCUUCACACCGCAUGGACCAGAUCUUUAUGGGACAGAGUCCUGGUCCUUCUACUUUGUAAAUGGCUUUUUAAACUUCAACGUGGCUUUUGCAUUGGCACUCCUGGCCUGGCCCUUGACCUCCCUCAUGGAAAGUCUGCUGCAGAAGUUUCAUGUUCAGAACUUGGGCCGCCCUUACUGGCUGACGCUCUCGCCCAUGUACAUCUGGAUCCUGAUAUUCUUCUGCCAGCCUCACAAAGAGGAGAGGUUCCUGUAUCCCAUCUAUCCCCUUAUUUGCCUCUGUGGAGCCGUGGGCCUCUCCGCCCUCCAGAAAUGCUACCACUUUCUGUUCCAGCGGUACCGUCUAGAGCACUACACAGUCUCUUCCAACUGGCUGGCGCUGGGGACCAUCUUGGUCUUCGGGCUCCUGUCCCUGUCGCGCUCCGUGGCUUUAUUCAGAGGCUAUCAUGGGCCUCUUGACCUGUACCCAGAAUUCCAUAGAAUUGCCACGGAUCCAACAAUCCACACCGUGCCAGAAGGGAGGCCUGUCCACGUUUGUGUAGGGAAGGAAUGGUACCGGUUUCCCAGCAGCUUCCUCCUGCCAGAGAAUUGGCAGCUUCAGUUCAUUCCGUCAGAAUUCAGGGGCCAGUUACCAAAACCAUUUGCCAGGGGGCCAGUGGCCACACGCAUCAUUCCAGCGGAUAUGAAUGACCAAAACCGGGAGGAGCCCUCUAGAUAUUUUGACAUUUCCAAAUGCCACUACCUGGUGGACUUGGACACCGCCACGGAAGCGCCAAGGGAGCCCAGGUACGCCGCCAACAAAGAUGACUGGAUCAGUGUCGCUUACAAGCCAUUCCUGGAUAGUUCAAGGUCUUCCAAGUUGUUCCGGGCCUUCUACAUCCCUUUCUUGUCUGGCCAGCAUACAACCUACGUGAACUAUACCAUCCUGAAGUCCAGGCGCAUGAAGCAAGCCAGGAAAAGAACGGGAGGCUAGAGGCUGCUGGGGGACCCCAAGAGAACCAGCGCGCAGUGGCUGGCUUUCUGCUCUAGGUUUCUCAACCCCACCUCUCCACCCCCAUUUUUGUAGGUGCGUGUGGGGGAUGGCAGAAAGUUCUUGUGUAGGUUUCACGUUUUGGCUGUUUGUUCUGCAAGGUAUUAAGGAAGCACAAGCUGCCAGUGCUUGGGGUUCUGUGCUUUUACUUUAAGAAGUUUUGCCAGGCUGCAGUCUGUUGUUCUCUGACUGAGGUUUGUGAAGAAUUAGCAAGUCCUGGCUGCAGCCUGUCUGCAGGGUAGCACUUCAGGCCCCCUUGCCUCCCCUGGAGGAUUCUUUUUUUUUUUUUUUUAAUUUUGAGAGGCCUUCAAAAGAGGAAGCACAGUGUUGCCUGCAGGAAUACAAAAAGCCUGAUGGGUCGAUGGAGAUACACAAGGAGGCCCUCCCUCAUCUCCUUGGGAAUAAUUUGCACUUUCCAAAACUGUUAAUUACAUAAUUUAGUGGAAUGUGACUUUUGUGUGAAUGGGUUUUAUUUUAAAAAAAAGAAAAAAGACCUCCAUUGUCUUUCAGAUGCUACCAAAAUACAGGUUUUCAGAAGUUUGUGUUUUUCUUCCGUUGGUUGUGGAAGUGUCUGGCUUUGAAAUGUUCUACAUUUUGCAAAGAUGUGGAGAAAGAGCUCUCCUCUUUUCACUGGAACACCCUCUGCUGUGAAAUAUGGCUGUGUUUAAUUCAGUCUGUACCGCAUUAUGAGACAAUGUCUUAAGUGUUGAUUAAAAAUUAGGUUGUGUCCUC